AGCUCUGGCGUGUAGACUUAAGGACAAAUGGUGGGGACACUCGUUUGAUAACUGGCAUCAUUUUCCCAUACCAGAACAUCGAGAUCUGUGAUGAUAACACGGCAUUAUUUCCCAUGAGUGAAGGAAAACAAAGCCAAGGAUGAGUACCCAAGAUGCUAGACUGCGACUGGAAACGUUUUGUUUACUGGGACAGCAAAAAGCGCUCCAGAUAUGUGACCACCAUGGUAUAUGUAACCACUCACCAAACUCUACUUGCGUCACUCCAGGCCUUAGUGUUGGAUUUUGCAGCGAUUUUUCCAUAUCAGAGCAUGUCACUUUCGGAUAAUGCACCACAGGACUGAUUGUACUUUACGUUUUCCUCUCACGAGAAGGCUAAAAGUAUUCGAGAUACCAACGCAAAGUCAGGGAAUUUUGAAGUGAAACACUGACACAUAGAUUGACUCUGUCAGUAGACUGUCACCUAUAAAUACCAGUCACGACGGAAUUCUGGUUUUCGGGGAAAUUUUCAAACAAGGGAAACACGAUGACGUCACGCAAUGGAACAAUGAAUUGGAGUGUUGCCAGUACAUAUAUAUGAUGACACACUUACAACACAGUUGGGGUGACAAGAGCCAGAUUUAAUGUGAAUAUCCUGUAAAUAUGUCGAACAACGAUUAUACAGGGUUUAACUUCUCUUACAGCAGAGACCUUCAGAGUUAUAACGGGUCUUUCCAUUUGUAUCCUUACAAUCAGACGACGACGGAUCCGGAGUCACGUGGGAACAGCGCGUCUGCCGAGCAGUCGUACGUGUCGCUGCCCAUGCGCUAUCCCAUGACAGAGCUCGUUGUUAUCUCUACCGCCAUAGGUUUACUCAUCUUAUUUACCAUCGCAGGGAACGUGUUCGUUAUCGCCGCCAUCUUGCUGGAGAAGAGUCUACGGACCGUGCAGAACUACCUGAUUCUCUCUCUUGCCGUGACUGACUUGAUGGUGGCUGUUUUGGUCAUGCCUCUCAGUCUCUUCAACGAGAUCAACACCACGUGGUAUCUUGGCAAUGCAUUGUGUGACAUGUGGGUGUCGUUUGACGUUCUCUGCUGCACUGCCUCCAUCCUUCACCUAGUGGCCAUCGCCUGUGACAGGUAUAUGGCUGUGUCGAGGAUUGACUACAUUCGGCAGAGGAACUGGCAGAGGAUCGGACUGAUGAUCGUGGUGGUAUGGGUAAUCUCCGCGGCUGUCUCCAUCCCGCCUUUGUUCGGCUGGAGAGACGCUGACAUGGUGCCCGACAAGUCUGGAUUUUGCGCUAUAAGUCAGGAUCUCGGCUACACCCUCUUCUCCACCGGAGCAGCUUUCUAUUUCCCAAUGUCGCUCAUGCUGAUUUUGAAUUACAAAAUUUACAGUCGCGCUAAGUGGAGGAUUCAAAAAAGACGCACGCUCAAGAACAGUUUCCACAAAUCCGAAGACAAGUUCAAAGAAAGUGUUGAUGAAACUGUGUGUGUAGAAAUGCAGACAAAGCCAGCUGUAGAAAGUCCUACCGUAAACCUGGACAAUUUCUCCACAAGAGACAUCAACUACAUUCAGCGGUAUAGCGUCUCACCUAUACCUGUUCAGAUAAAAACACAACACAUAAACUGCCCUUUAGCCCCAGCGGUGCCCAAGCUCCGGGACAACCCGUGUGCGCCCAAAAGACAAUCUCUGAUUGCCAACAAUAACAAAGAGACUAAUCAGAACAAAGUGAAACCUCAGGUUUUCCGACGUCAACGUCAGUCCGAAACAAGCGCGUCAAAACGAGAACGAUUUGAGCUUCGCCGAGAAAAGAAGGCGGCGCGCGUUUUAGGCAUCAUAACUGCAGUGUUUAUUGCUUGUUGGCUGCCGUUUUUCACCUUGGCCGUCGUGGGUCCAUUCUGUGGCAAAAACUGUGACAUUCCCGUGCAACUGUUCAGUAUUUUCCUCUGGCUGGGAUACACCAAUAGUCUGUUAAACCCUGUCAUUUACACUAUAUUUAAUCACCAUUUCAGAACAGCUUUCAACAAAAUGUUUUCAGGGGAAUUUUGCAAAGUAAAGCAACAUCGGUAACAGUCAGAUCUAGUUUCGUGUAUAAUUCCUUAUAUUUUUGUUCAUUUCAAAGGAAUAUGUCAUUUGGUGUCGUAUGUAGGAAUACAAUUCCUGCAAAUCUCGCCAUAAUUUCAGCAAAGCAAAGA